AUGCCUGUCGUGGUGAGAACGGAGGAACGGGGUGGUGGGGCAUACGUACCCCUUGCCCAUGACGUUGCCACGUCAUGGGCGUUGUCCCUCGUCCUUGGUCUAUCGUUCCGCGCUGGGGGUGUCGUUGUCGUUAGUGUGGGCGUCGUGCAACGUAACGAUAUGGCACGCCCUCAACUAUCACUGACCCACACCAUAUGUAUAGCUUGUCUAUUUCCACUGGACUGGGACUGGACUCAGGAAAGUGGCUGGCAGUCCAGUGGGAGUCCAGUGGACUGGACUGGACUGGACUGGACUGGACUCCAGUGGACUGGGCAUUCUGCCAGCCAAUCUGGCCUGUCCACUGGAGUCCAUAUGGAUUACGUGGGGGAGGGUAAAGACCUCCACAGACCCUAUCCUGUUAUACAACAGCUCAAAGGUGUGCAAGGGUACAGUGGGAGAUAA